GGAAAACAAUUUAUUUUUAAUUUCAUUCCAGGACCCAAAGGAGUAAUAAAUGAUUGGAGAAAGUUUAAAUUAGAGAGUCAAGACAGUGAUUCAAUUCCACCUAGCAAGAAGGAGAUUCUCAGGCAAAUGUCUUCUCCUCAGAGUAGGAAUGGCAAAGAUUCAAAGGAACGAGUCAGCAGAAAGAUGAGCAUUCAAGAAUAUGAACUAAUCCAUAAAGAGAAAGAGGAUGAAAACUGCCUUCGUAAAUACCGUAGACAGUGUAUGCAGGAUAUGCACCAGAAGCUGAGUUUUGGGCCUAGAUAUGGGUUUGUGUAUGAGCUGGAAACUGGGGAGCAAUUCCUAGAAACAAUUGAAAAGGAACUGAAGAUCACCACAAUCGUUGUUCACAUUUAUGAAGAUGGUAUUAAGGGUUGUGAUGCUCUAAACAGUAGUUUAACAUGCCUUGCAGCAGAAUACCCUAUAGUUAAGUUUUGUAAAAUAAAAGCUUCGAAUACAGGUGCUGGGGACCGCUUUUCCUUAGAUGUACUUCCUACACUGCUCAUCUAUAAAGGUGGGGAACUCAUAAGCAAUUUUAUUAGUGUUGCUGAACAGUUUGCUGAAGAAUUUUUUGCUGGGGAUGUGGAGUCAUUCCUAAAUGAAUAUGGGUUACUACCUGAAAGAGAGGUACAUGCCCUAGAGCAUACCAAAAUAGAAGAAGAAAAUAUCGAAUAAAGAUUCACUAUGUCAAUAUCUCAUGUUUAUCCUUUAGGCAUUGGAUGAUGGUUUUGGUAGUAUCUAUAUUGCUUUAGUGAACACAGAGUAUGGGCAUGGCUAUGCUAAUUUGACAAAAAUGAUUGAUGCAACAAUCGAAUUAUUAGCAUUUCUUAGUAUUAGUUACUCAAAUUGAUACAAUGCUAGACUACAAAACAGAGCGGUCUUCAGCAACAUUAUUAGUAAACAAAGAGGAUGUGGAUAAUAUCAUGACAUUUUCAAAAAUCCCUUUCAAGUUAUGUUUUGUCUUUUUUACUCCAUUUUCCUUCCUCACUGUUAUUAUUAUUUGGGCUUUUCAAAUUACAUUAUUCAUUAUAAUUUUCUUUGUGUAAUAAAAAUAAAAUCUCAUGAGGAAAUAAAUUUUCUAUUUGAAGUC